AUGCAGCGCAAAAUGAAUGGUCGCGGCAGCGGCGCUGAAUCAGAUGCCUACGACUCGCCGUGGUCUGUGGAUAUCUUCCACUGCUCUACAGGCCUGCCUACGCCAGAGCUUGCUCCAGGGGUAAUCAGCAGCCCGACGCGCUCCCGGGCUGAGUUGCCAAAGACCAGCCACGAGAAGCUGCUGUGGUGGUUGGAUCCAGCCCGAUCAAAAUCAGAGUCUUGUGGGGAUGUACCUCAUGUUGACACUGACUUUUGUCUUCCCGAUGCCAUCCUGCAGCCGCCAUGGGAGCCGUCGGAAAGGACACCUCCGGCUCUUCAGCUUUCCCAACAGGAGGUGGAAUUUGACAACGCGCCACAUCUUCAUCGAGUGGUGGAGAGCCUUUUUGAUGACUCAGAGCCCCUUGUCACGUCGUCACAGACAAGCAGUGAUGACAGCAGCUGGUCACAACGAUGCACGACCGCGAUGCUGCGGAACAUCCCAAACAAGUACAUGCGAGACAAGCUGGUGGCACAGCUUGAUCAAUGUGGCUACAAGGGCAAGAUGGACUUUCUGUAUCUUCCAAUUGAUUUCAGGAACAGAUGCAAUGUUGGGUACUGCUUUAUCAACUUCCGGACGCCACAAGCGUUGGUGCGAUUCCGGGAUGACUUCCACGGGCGACGAAGCUGUGAUAAGCUUCCCGGGUUCAACAGCAAGAAGGUCCUGCAGGUAUCCCCAGCGCGCGUGCAGGGGCUUGAGGCCAACAUCCUGCGCCUUCAAGGGAGCCCCAUCAUGGAGAACACGGCGAUGGAGCGGGAGUGGCUUCCGGUGCUGCUGGACCCAGCCGGAAAAUUGCUCGACUUCCCCAUGAUGCUGCCGCAGGCGAAGAGCACGGAGUCUGGAAAAUCCGCACGGCUCUCAGGCUUUCGAUCUCAGGCAGCGACGAGGAGAAAGCGAGCAAGCACCAACGUGGCCAUCGCCUGUAACAGCACCAUGUUCCAGUGA